AUGGCGAUUCCGUUCAAGGAGGCCCUUGCAAAGCUGGAAAACAGCCGCGUCAAGGCUACUAGACCUCUGAUUCCACCUCAAAUCUUGCAGGAAGACUUGCCUUUAACUCUUCUAGCUGCCCAGACGGUGGUACAAGGGCGCAUGGCGGUCACAAAUAUACUCAAGGGCGACGAUGAUCGUCUUUUGGUUGUGGUGGGACCUUGUUCAGUAAACAACGUUGAUGCUGCCAGAGACUAUGCCAGACGUCUCAAAGCCUACGCCGACCAAGCUGAUAAAGACCUACUAAUUGUGAUGCGCGUCUACUUUGAGAAACCGCGGACGACGGUCGGCUGGAAAGGCCUGAUCAACGACCCCGAAUUGAACGGGAGUUACCAAAUUAACAAGGGCCUUCGUAUUGCGCGGACGCUGCUCCUGGAUAUCGCAAAGAUGGGGCUGCCUGCCGGAUGCGAAUUCCUAGAUACAAUCACGCCGCAAUAUACAGCUGAUCUGGUUUCGUGGGGUGCGAUUGGCGCGAGAACGACGGAGUCGCAAGUACAUAGAGAGCUGACGUCGGCGCUUUCUAUGCCUACGGGUUUCAAGAAUUCUACAGAUGGCAGUGUGGGUAUCGCGAUUGAUGCGUGCCGGGCUGCUCGGAGUGGACAUGUUUUCCUGUCUACAGGCAAGGAAGGACUGAGCAGUAUUAUUGAAACUGAGGGCAAUCCUGACGUGCAUAUCAUUCUGCGUGGGGGUACGCAUGGGCCCAAUUAUGGAGCAGAUUUCAUCCGAGACGCUGGUAGCAAGCUAUCCAAAGCGGGCGUAGUUCAAAAAAUCAUGGUCGACUGCAGUCAUGGGAAUAGCUCCAAGCAGCAUCAAAAGCAGGUAGAAGUAGCUGAUGACAUUGCUCGGCAACUGGAAUCAGAGGAUACGGCCUGCUUGAUAAUGGGAGUGAUGAUAGAGUCGAAUCUCGUCGAGGGACGGCAAGAUAUUCCGCCAGCGGGGCCUGCAGGUUUGAAAUACGGGCAGUCGGUGACUGACGCGUGUAUAUCCUGGGAAACAACAGUCCCCGUUCUCGACCGUCUUCGUGAAGGGGUCAGGGGUCGAAGGUUGCUGGUACAACAGCAGGCAGCAUGA